AUGCACGCUUUGGACUUCUAUGACAGUUUUCUGGAUGAGGUUGUUGCAAGGACCGAAAAGGGUGAUGGUCAUCGUCGCAAUCACGCAGCGGCUGGAUUGGACCAUGCCACUUGCACGCUUGACCAGCUUGCUGACUGGCUGGAAACAACUUCUCACAGUUCUGCUGUCUCAGGGAUAGCUUCGCCUGAGACAGCCCUCAUGGGAUUGCACAGAGCAGUGCAGCGUCGACUUCCCUCACGGCAGACCCUUCAGAUUGAUAUGCCCCGGCUGACGUCUUUUGUGGAGUGGGACUCGGAGUGUCAGCAAGAGUUGAUGACCCUUUGCAAAGGGCUCGAUCAAGACAGUUGCAUAUUCAGCGACAUAGCCGGGUUCUUCCGUGACGACAUUGCCGACUUGAUCAAGGGUUUGGAGCAGAAACCAACUAUGGCCUUUGAGAUCCUAGCGCCAUUGCUGUGCAGCCGCAAAGCCAUGAAGCGUCGGGCUUGGUGCCUGCGCCAUCAGAAGGAAUGCUUCCUCCAGACAUCCGAUGCCCACACUGCCGGGAGUUCUUGUACAGCCCAUUCUAAACAGGGCUUGGGCAAAGCUUUCAGUGACAAGAAUGCAAUCCACUUUUUGGCAUGGUGCGGAUUGCGCCUGGAGGUGGGCGAAAAGGAGAUUACGUUGGAAAACGUUGAAGAAUUUCCCACUGAUGCGCUGGAGAGAUUGAUGUCGCCAAUGUACUUCAUAGAGGCCAUCAAAAUGGAUCCACGCUUCUUUGGGUUUCCAAUUGCAAGAGGGCGCAAGUACCAUCGCUUGAGGAACAAGGCAGCGGCCCUCAUGGAGUUGAGUCCUUUUUCUCGCUUCAACAAGCGUUUUUUCCGCUUGGUGCAUUGGAGCUGGAGAGAGUUUGCUUUCAUGCAUAUGUUCAAGGAUGGAGUGAUCCCGACUGAGUUCGAAGCCGAGCUUCAAUGGGCCCGAAGCCGCAAACUGAGUAUGAUCAGGACCUUUGCAAACAGCGGGCACGAAAGUGUCGAGGACAUUGACCGCAUCGUUGCCCACUAUGGAGCGCAAGAAGUAUCUGAUGCGGUGGUUGUCCGAGUGCAGGACAUGAUUUGUGCCCUUGGCGGAUUUCAAGAACAACCUUUUCUGGCGUCCUUGAAUGCCAAUGAAUUGAAGAUGAGAGGCCUUUAUGCUGAGAAGGCCCCCGGGGAGGCCUGGCAGCUCAACCAAAACCCAGGUGCUGGGCACGGGAUGCACUCAACUCUGUUUUGGAUGCAUACCUUGAUUCACAACUGCGGCCUGACACUGGGCAAGUCUUGGGUAUCAUUUUUUCGUUGA